CUAGGUUGCUGCUAGGGGGCAGGCGCGGAACAUGUCGCAGUCCCCGGGACACUCGAUUCUCUUCAGUCGUUUGCCUCCCGGUGUUUCUUGUUUGUUAUUAGUACCGGGUGAGCAGGCCGCCGGCUGGGCUGUGUGGAGUGCCGCCGCUAGUCGGGACUGGCGGUCCUUCCUUGUCUGACGAGCUUUUCCUUAUUCCCCCGGCUUAUGUACCCGGGCACUGUACGGGGACACCGGCGGCAUAAGGCACGGUGGGGUUAGUUCAUAUCCCUGCUUACGUUACGGGGCUUGGACAGGAGCUAUGGAGACAAGUUUACUAUUCCUUUAUUUCCUAUUGCUGUGCUCUUCAGUACAUGCUAUUGUCCGCUGUUAGCAGCCACCUCAGGUGUGUAGAGGCUUUUUGGGCUUGUUGGGAUGGAUCACAAAGAAGAGUCAGACAGUAGAGAUCCCUUUACAGAUAUCAGGAAGGCCCCCUGGAGCAAAUCUAAUCACAGAUACUCAAAGGAACAACUUCUAGACAUUAAGGAGCUGCCACACUCAAAACAGAGGCCGUCCUGUUUAUCAGAUAAAUAUGACAGUGAUGGUGUCUGGGAUCCUGAAAAGUGGCAUGCAUCUCUCUAUCCAAACUCUGGCCGCAGUUCUCCCAUUGACUCCUUGAGAAAAGAAUCGGAUACAGAAAGAACUUCUCUUAAGCGAAGAAUAGCAGAUCCCAGAGAGCGUGUUAAGGAGGAUGAUCUUGAUGUAGUUCUAAGCCCACAAAGGAGAAGUUUUGGUGGAGGCUGUCAUGUGACUUCUGCUGUUGGCUCACGUCGGGCUGGGAGCCCACUAGAUAAUAAAGAAAAUGAAAGCUUACGUCUUGCUGGUGGACGAAGGAUUGGUAGUGGCAGAAUAAUAGCAGCUAGAGGGUUUGAACGUGACUUACGAGGUGGAGAAAAAGAUGGUAGAGAACUUCGUGAUGGAAGAGAACGAGAAAAGGAAUACAAGGAUAAACGCUUCAGGAGGGAGUAUGGGGACAGUAAAAGAGUCUUUGGCGAGCGAAGAAGGAAUGACUCUUAUACAGAAGAGGAGCCUGAGUGGUUUUCUGGUGGACCCACAAGUCAGUCAGAGACCAUAGAGCUUAUAGGGUUUGAUGACAAAAUCCUUGAGGAAGAUCAGAAGGGACGAAAAAGAACACGGAAAAGAACUUCUUCUGUUAAGGAAGGCUUUGAAUGCAAUGGAGGAGUCCUAGAGGAAGAGGCAAGUCUUCCUCCAGAAUCUACAGCUGACCAGGAAGUGCCCCGAGAGGCCAUUCUACCAGAACCAGCACCUGGAGAAUUUGAUUUCAAUGAAUUUUUUAACCUGGAUAAGAGUGUGCCUGGCCUGGCAUCGAUGAUUGAGGAUGUGCUAGGGGAGGGCUCUGUGUCUGCUAGCAGAUUCAGCAGAUGGUUCUCUAAUCACAGCCACUCUGGAAGUCGAUCCAGCAGUCUGAGGUCCACCCCCCAUGAGGAACUUGAAAGGCUAGCAGGCCUGGAACAAGUCAUUCCCAGUCUUGGGCAAAAUGCUGGAAACUAUUUUGCUCCCAUUCAAUUUGAAGAAACUGCUGACAAAGUUGAUAUCUUGGAGAUGUUGCAGAAAGCCAAGGUUGACUUAAAACCAUUGUUGUCAAGCCUAACUGCAAACAAGGAGAAACUACGGGAAAGCACACAUUCUGGAGUUGCAUUGUCAGUGGAGGAGGUUGAAGCUGGACUCAAAGGUUUGAAAGUUGAGCAAGAAGGAAAGAUUGCAACUCCCUUUAUGGCUGAACAACUGGAAGGCGCAUUAACGGCUAUGGCUGGGCCCAGAAAGCAGCCGAAAGAUGGGGACAUGUCUGCAUUUAACAAACUUGUAAGCAGUAUGAAGGCAAGUGGAACAUUACCCAACCAACCUAAAGUCAGUAGGAAUCUAGAUGGCCAUAUAACUUCCUCCACAGAGGUUACUGGUCCUUCCACACUGCAGCGGAACAUUCUGCAGGAUCUUCUUGGGCCUCCUAUUUCUGAUCCGUCCUCCAACCUUAUGGGAACUCUAGACGCUACGGCAUCACUUCUAAGGCAAAGGACACCUUCUCCACAAAUGCCACCAGUGUUUCCAACCCGUGCCUCCUCUGCAGAUUACCUUCGAACCAGAAUACCCUCUCCUUUAGGUUUUUCAUCCAGUCAUCAGCAACUUCUAGGAGACCAAUUUCCCACUGGAGUGCCGAAAGCAGACAGCCCUGUUAUGGCGCAGGUUAGUCCACUGGAGAUGCAGCAAGCUGUGUUAGAAGGCUUGAUACCCCAUGAUCUUGCAUUCCCAGCUGCAGGUUACUACCCAUCAGUGUAUGGCAAAAUGCAGUUGGAUAAAGGCAGAGAUGGAUUUCGUAACAGGCAGCCGCAGAGGAUGAAUAAAUCUCCAGUGAGCAACAUGCGAGGGUCAUCUGUAUCACCAGGCCCAGGUGCCCCUGUUACCAGCAUGCUUUCUCCAUCUUUCACACCUACCUCAGUAAUCCGUAAAAUGUACGAAAGUAAGGAGAAGAUCAAAGACGAGACCUCUUCUGGAAAGCAGAAUGCCCUGGGCAAAGAAGAUGGAAGGCGGCUGCAGGAAGAUGGGGCCUUAUCUAGUCAUAUACCUGACAAUGCUGUACAAGGCACUUCUCCAGUUCUAGGAAACAGAUUUCCAGCAUCUCAACGCUCUGGGUGUACUCCACCACUACCCCACCAGAGUCGCUACACCAAAGAUCAAGAAUACCGACCGAAAUCUUCUGGGAGGCAAACACCAACUAUGGCUUCUCCAGUUCCCGGAGCUUCCUUUUUACGCCCACUCCACCAUGUACCUGUUGUGCCAGUCCGGCCAUCCCACCAGUUACAUCCUGGUUUGGUUCAGAAGAUGUUGGCACAGGGUGUACCUCCACAGCAUCUCUCUCUCCUACAGGCAGGACUCCUGCCCCCUGGUAUUGACCUGCAUGCUCUAUCACCAUCUGUCCUUGGUCAACCAUUCUACCCACUAGCACAGACUGGGCAUCCACUUCUUAAUCAACGACCAGCAAACCCUCUUCAACUUGCAAUGAUGCAGCGGUCAGGGUCUGGUGCUCCAAAUUUUUCUGGCAUACAUGCUCCUUCACAAGGUUUGCAUAAUCGCUCUAAUCUGCAUAUGGGAGAUCAGCGUACUCCAAGGAGCUCUUCCCCUGUGGGACUGGCAAAGUGGUUUGGAUCUGAUGUCUUGCAGCAGCCGCUCCCUUCUAUGCCUGCUAAAGUGAUCAGUGUGGAUGAACUUGAAUACAGACAAUGAAGUAGAACAGGCUUGGUGGUUCAUGUCUACAGUCUGAUCCAUUCUGGGCAGAAGAUGGUCUGUCUUAUUUGGAGGCCUACCUAAUAAACCUUGUUUAGUGGUUUGCUUCCCCCUCCUAGCUGCUCAAUAUUCAUGCAGACUGUCUGUUAAAGGGGAGGGUUCAUCUCAUUAGCCCAUGAAGCCUUUUUUUUUUUUUUUUUUUUUUUUUUUUUUUGGGAAGGGGCACUUUAUUUUUUUUCUUCCAACUUGGCAGUUUGCUGAGGGAUUAUGGAGAUCUCUGGCAAGCAAUGAACUUUGUGUACAGACUUGUAUAAAGGUUUUUGUUUGUGUAUAUACUCACAUUUAGAAUAGUUUUUGUUUGACUAGCUGUACAGAUGAGAAAGCAAAGUCUGUUUUGCCACUUACGAAGUCUGAGCUCUCCCUUUAAUUUGUACAUGUCUUUUCUUUCAAUUAAAUCUGCAUAAUGCUAAUGGAGUGUGUAUUGGAGUGUCUAAUGUAGUGUCUGACAAUUCUCUUCAUUCUUUGAUGGAGGUCGGCUUUCAAGUCUGCACUACAUGCUAAAGUUCUAUUUACAUGGUGUUUGCAGUGUACAUCAGAAGUAUUUGUCCUAAUGAAUGCCUACAUAUACAGUAGCAUGU